UAAUAUGGCUAGUUCGUCAUCUUCUCAUCAUUAUGAUGUGGUAUCUGGACCAUUAGAGGAUGAUUUAUUGUGGAUGCAAAACAAUCAUAUAUCCCAACAUAUUUGGAAUGGUGCUAAUGAUAGGACGUUAAAAAUCCGACGAGCCACACCACUGUACAAUCAUAGAGAAGCACCGCCCGAAAAAAUUAUUCCUCUAUUACAAAUUUCGGGUUUGUACCCGAUAAUGAAAUUGACGCAGUUGAAAGUGAAUGGAGCAUUGAUUAAUGCUUUUAUUGAAAGGUGGAGACCAGAAACACAUACAUUUCAUUUGAAGUGUGGGGAGGCAACUAUUACACUUCAAGAUGUUUCUGUGCUACUUGGUAUUCCUGUGGAUGGAAGACCAUUAAUUGGAAAUACAAAUAUUGACUGGUUUGAGUUGUUUCAUGAAUUAUUGGGUGUCAUGCCUGACGAUGCUGCAAUUGAUGGGAACUCAAUUAAAUUGAGUUGGUUGUCUUCUCAUUUUGCAAAUAUUCAUGAUUUUACAGGCAACCAAGAAGGCCUUGAAAGAUUUGCUCGUGCUUGGAUCUUACGAUUCAUAGGAGGGGUAAUGUUUGUUGACAAAAGCAGCAAACGGGUGCAUUUGAAAUAUUUGCAGUUUAUGAGAGACCUUAGAGAGUGCAGCAGUUAUGCAUGGGGAGCUGCUGUUUUGGGUAACCUUUAUAGAGAGAUGUGCAUCGCAACAGACUAUAAUAUUAAAUCAAUAGGCGGUUUCACUCUCUUGAUUCAAUUAUGGACAUGGGAACGAUGCCCAACGUUAGCCCCCUCAGUUAUUCCUCCACAACAACAAAACGCGCCACUUGGUUACAGGUAUACUUUCCUUUACUAUUUUGAAUUCAUUAUUAAUAAACAUGCUUGGUUGAUGUUAAUCAUUAUUCUAUGUAACAUUUUAUUUUGUUAUUUAAUUUUUUGUGAAAAUGGUUGGGAGGUGAAUUGCAUCACACAGGCAAUGACAAUUUAAUUGAGUUUCGUCGUAAAUUAGAUGUCAUGAAACGCGAUGAGUUUGUAUGGGUCCCUUAUGCUGGACAUGUGGAAAUGAAUUUGAGUCAAGUUUGUUUUUUUGGGUCUGUAUUAUGGACAUGUAUCAUACCACUUAUUUGUUUUCAAAAAGUGGAAUGGCACCAGCCGGAUAGAGUCAUGAGACAAUUUGGAAUGCAGCAACCUAUUCCGGGACCAGUAAUGCAACCCAACAACAUACAUGACUUGACAUUAAAGGGAAAGGAAGGAAAAAAUUGGAUGCGACUAAUGCAACCCGCACUUAAUGAAUGGAAUAGUCGUUAUGAAAGGAGAGUAGAGCAAACACCGCCACAAACAAGGACCCUCAGUCUGAACUCUGAAUAUAUGAGGUGGUAUAGGCGUAAAACAAAAGUUUAUGUCGACCCAAAACAUGCAAGAAGAGGAUUAUUGGGUGAAAUCGUCGAAACACUACAUUUUACGGUGUCGCCUGUUGGGAGAAGGGUUUGUACUUUUGACGAUUUACUGCCAUGUAUCGAGAAGAUCACUCUUUUGUCUGAGGAAGAGGAUAAGAUACUUGAGGCACAUGAAGAUGCUCCCCCUUCUCAGCCACAAUUUGAACAUCAACAGUUUAAUAUACUACAGCAAAGUGUGGAGACUCAAGGCUUAGCGCGACGUUGGGAAACUGUUGAUGCAGCAACAUAUAGUUUGUCUCCGAUGCCAGAACGACAACAUGAAAUGUAUUACACACUGUCGACAUUCACCCAAGAACCGUCUCAGAUGCCGCCGAUGUAUUCAUACCCACAUGAUUUUCAACCAGGGUAUAGUUUUGCAGGCAUAUUUGGGUCCUCUCCUCCAUUUACCCAAAGUGGUCAAGUAUCGACCCCAAAUGCCUCACUUGCUGGUCCGUGGAAUGUACCUGGAGAUAUAUCCGACAUGGACGACUUUUUAGGGUUUGAUUUACGUCAUGAUUUCUCUGCCGAGGUUGACCAAGUGGAUGAAAGGGCGAAUCCUAGAAGAAGAAAUCCUGAUAGGGCAGCUAGAAAUUGGGACCGGCCAUGUGGGACUUCGUCGCGGCAUCACAUACAUAGUGAUGAUUGAUUAAUAAUGAGUUUACAUUUUUUCCGCAUGGUUUAACAUUUUCAUGUACUUUGUAUUAUUUUUUUCCAUGUGUUUCAUAUUGUCAUGAACUUUGUAUGAUUUUUUUCAUG